AUGAAGUAUGUUAGGACACAAAUUGGAGAUGCACUCCGCAGAAUUUGGACUUAUGGAUUUGGGGGACAGUUAGACUACAAACAAACAGCACCAAGCUCAACAGCCAUACAAAACUUGUGGAUAAAGAUGUUUAUAAUUGGAAAUCCCUUCUUUAGUUUCAGAGCCAUGUUGGGUCGAUAUUUGGUGUUAUGGUUAUGCCUCCAGAAGAAGAGAAGCAUAUGGUUUGGUAGAAAUUCAAAGUCAAUCCGUUUCAUCAUCGAUAUAGUUCAAAUAUUACGUGGAAGGACACAACCACCUGUGGUUGCUGAAGCAAAAGAAACCGACGCACAAGUUCUGAUAACUCAGUUACUGUCGGGUGAGAGACGUGGCUGCAUUACUUGGAUUGUUGGAAUCAGAGGCACUGGGAAGACAACACUAGCCAAGUUGAUAUUUCAAGACAGUGGUGUUGUAAGACAUUUUGACUGUCAAGUAUGGGUGUCAGUAACUUCAACUUCCCUGAGAACCUACUACAAGGAUGUUCUCUCCUUUAUGUCCUUCGAUCCUCAAGAAGGAAGUAAACCUGGGCAGCAAAUUGGUAGCUUUCUCAAGGGAUGUAUUUCAAGCGAUUGCUUCUUACUCCUUCGGGUACUUGAUCUUGAACGUGUUUACAAGCCCAAGUUGCCUAAACGCAUAGCAAGACUUAACCGGCUAAGGUAUCUUGGCUUGAGAUGCACCUACUUAGAGUCACUUCCAUUAUCUAUAAGCAAUUUGUUAAAGCUACAGACACUUGAUCUCAAACAUACUUACAUACAUACUCUUCCUACCUCCAUUUGGAAGAUGGAACUCAGACACUUACACUUGUUCUUGAACGAGACUUACGGCACCAGAUUUCCACCUCAACCUGACCUCCAAACUUUGUCAGGACUGUUUGUAGAUGCGGAGUCUUCAGUCCAGGGUAACAUCAAAAAAUUGGGAUUAGCAUGCCAAUCAAUGUCAUUAUUACAGGAAGACGAAAUGAAAAAACAACUUGUAGCAGUGGCUGAUUGGAUCACAAAACUAGAACACCUUCAAUCACUCAGACUAAAAUCAAGGGAUGAACAAGGGAAACCUUGGAUUUUACACUUGAACUCUUUGGAUGAUCCCAUGACACUUUUGAAAGAUUUUCCAAAUCUCCUCGCAGAGUCAUAUAUAGGAACAACUAUGGUUUGCGAAUCUCAAAGCUUUCCUCAGCUUCGUGUAUUAAAAUUGUGGGUGCUAGAGCAAUUCGAUGAAUGGAUUAUAGAGCCAGGAGCACUCCCGUGUCCCAGACAGCGCCUGAAAAUGCUUCCUGAUGGACUAAAACAUGUCAACACUCUACUUGAGUUGAAGUUAACAAACAUGCCAACGGAAAUCAAGGCUGACGGAAUGUGA